CUGGUGGGAGUUGGACUGCGCGGUGAAACUCAACCUAUCUUCCCCAGUUUGGAAGCGACGCCAAUCUCCUUCACCUCAUUCGCGGCAGGGGACGACGGAAAAGUGACCUCGCAGCAGCCAUGGAUCUCCUCAAGCGCGAGCUCCAGAAGAAGCGGCAGAGCCUCGAGGCCGACUUCGGCGGCAAGAAGCCUAAACGCUCCGAGAUCGAGCAGAAGGAGAUCCAAAAGCUUCGCGCCGAGGAGCAGUGGGAACGCCUCUUCAAAGCACGCCCCUCCUCCGCCGCCUCCUCCUCCGGCAGAAACCCUAGUUCCGCAGCCUCCCUUCCCCCCGCCCUCUCCUCUUCCUCCUCCUCCAAGAAGCCCUCCGACGCUCGCUCCGAGGAGCAGAGGAUCGACGACCUCGUCCUUCCCCGCCACGAGGUCAUCCGCCGCCUCCGCAUCCUGAAGCAGCCCAUUACCCUCUUCGGCGAGGACGACGACGCUCGCCUCGACCGCCUCAAGCUCACCCUCAAAUCCGGCAUCCUCGAGAUCGACAGCGACAUGACCGAGGGCCAGACCAACGACUUCCUCCGCGACAUCUACGAGCUCCGCAAGCGCCAGAAGUCUGGCUUGGCCUCCUUCCUCCACGACCAGAGCAAGAGCAAGAGGGAGGACGGGGAUGGAUUGGAGGACGAUGGGGUUGAUGCGGAUGGGGACAAGAAUCUGAGCGCGGAUGGAGGGUCGUCAGGAGAGAAUGCCGACAAGGAUUUGAAGCGGAUGAAGGCCAAAUUUGAGGAUCUCUGCGAUGAGAAUAAGAUUCUUGUGUUCUUUAAGAGACUUCUGAAUGAGUGGAAUCAGGAGCUCGAGGAGAUGCCGGAAGCGGAGAACAGGACGGCCAAGGGGAAGUCGAUGGUCGCCACUUUUAAGCAAUGCGCUCGGUACCUGAAUCUCCUCUUCAAGUUCUGCAGGAAAAAGGUUCUUCCAGAUGACAUCUGUCAAGCAUUGCUGGUUGUGGUUGAAUGCUGUUUGAGACGAGCUUAUUUGGCAGCAAUGGAUCAGUACAUCAAAUUGGCCAUUGGAAAUGCACCCUGGCCUAUUGGUGUGACUAUGGUUGGCAUCCACGAGCGUUCGGCUCGUGAGAAGAUCUACACUAAUUGUGUGGCCCACAGCAUGAACGACGAGACAACUCGAAAGUACUUGCAGUCUGUGAAGAGACUAAUGACCCUCUGUCAACGUCGAUAUCCAGCAGAUCCAUCCAAAUCAGUCGAGUUUAAUAGCCUGGCUAAUGGGAGUGAUCUACGGUCUCUCCUGGCAGAGGACUGUGGGGCGGGGAAAUCAGCAUCGGAAGAAAGGCUUCGGUUAAUGCCUGCAGCAAAGGAAUAAUUUUCAUAUUCUUAUCUGAAACCAGUAUAAAUAAUCAAUGAUAAUGUAUUCUGAUAUUCUAAA